UUUCUUUUUCUUUCUCAUAUUUAUAUAUUUUUUUUUUUAAUUUUUUUACUACCACACAAAUGACAGGAAGUGAAGCUGGUCAAAGCAAGACGGAUGAGGUUACACCGCUUUUGCCUCGUCAAAGACAGGGCAGCUGGGAAAAUGACGCCAAGAGAACUGCCAAGAAACCAUCUGUGUGGUAUGUUAUCGCUCCCUUAUUUGGGUUGACUUUAUGCUUUGGAGGCUUGUAUGCACCCCUGAUUCAAUUUCAUACCAUGAUUUUCUGCAACAGAUACUAUCAAUCUCAAAGUGGGGAUAAUGAAGAUAUACCAUUUGAGAAUUGUGCAAUUCCUGAAGUACAAUCCAUUGUAUCAGAAGCACAAGCUAUCAUCGUAUUUUUGACCUAUGCUUCAACCUUGCUUGUAGCUAGUUACUAUGGCGCCUUAUCAGAUCGAAAAGGCAGAAGGGUGGUUUUUUUAAUAUCUGGAUUAGGAAAUAUUUCAAUGGCGGGUGCCUAUAUCAUUACAAUGAAAUACCAACACAUCUUUGGAGUCUCUCUUUUGUUUAUUGCGCCGGUUUUACGAGGCAUUUUGGCUGGUGACACUGUUGUAUCUGCUGCUGUACAGUCGUACAUUUCAGAUUGUACCACAUCAACUGAAAGAACGGUUGCCUUUGGACACAUGAUGUCUGCUUUAUUUCUCGGCGCAUCUAUAGGUCCUAGUGUAGCCUCAAUCAUUAUCAAGCAAACGGGUACUAUCAUGAGCAUUUUUUAUAUUGUAUUAGUUAUCAGCUUAAUAUUUGAGCUAUUCGUCAUCUUUGUCAUGCCAGAGUCUCAUGACUUUGAGAAUUUUCAGCAACCACCCAAACAACAACAAAACUUCUUCCAACGCAUCAAUGUUUUCUCGGCCCUUCAUAUACUCAUCAGAACAAAAUCCGAGCACGCAAACCGAUAUGCACUUUUAAUCGCUGCUUCUGUCAUCUUUUUAUUCACCGUGAUUGCUUUACCCCCUACCUUACUCUAUGCUAUGCUCAAAUUUCAUUGGACCGCCUAUGAAGGUGGUUUUAUGAUCAGUAUUUCGUCGGCCAGUAAACUGGUUGUACUCCUCUUCUUAUUGCCUUUCAUUGCUAAAGUGUUCCAUAAGGAUAGAGCCUCUGCUAUUAAACAUGCAGAAGAGGAAGAAGUGGAAGCUUCUACUAGUCAAGCAGUAGCCGUUCCAAGUGAUGCUGAUGCUAUACACGCAAUUUCAUUCGAUAUUUGGAUGAUCCGCGUAGGACUGAGUGCCGAAAUCAUCACUUACAUCGUCUAUGGUUUAGUCACCACCUCUCAAGGCUUUACUCUGACUGCAAUGUUCCAUAGUUUCUCUGCUUUGGCUUUACCUUCGCUUCGAUCCAUCAUUACAAGACUGGUUUCCCCUAGUGAAAUUGGAGAAUUGAUGGGAGCUAUGGCUAUUUUGGAAGCAUGUGCCAUGAUCCUCUCUCAAUUGACAAUCAAUACACUUUAUAGUGCCUCUGUUACCAUAUUCCCCCAAUUGACCUUUUUUGUUUGCGCUGCUGUCGCAUCCAUAGCUCUGGUUUUAGCCUGUUUUGUAAGGGCCGGCCCAACCAAAUCUCUUAAUAUCUCUGCUUAAUAUCUCUGCUUAAUAUCUUAAUAAAUUAUUUCUUUCGAUACCCCUUAUUAAAAAAAA